CUCCCGAUGUAAAAAAAAAAAACCACACACUUCCUGUUAUCUCACUACACACUAAAGAUGUGCGUAUUGAUCCGCGAAUAUCGAUACUUCGGAUCUGGGGGGUGUUUUUUAGGAUCAAUCUUAACAUCAACAUAUCGAUUCCAAGUCCACUUUUACAAGAAACAUUAAUACUUUUAUGACACAGGCUCUCUAAUCAAUUUUAUAUAAGUAAAAAGUGAAACCUGUGGUCAAUAUUUGUGUCGGAUAUGGAACUACUUUUCCUUCUGGCUUCGGCUUCCUGUCUGACUUGGCCACGCUCGACAGCUCGCGCACUGAUAGCCAACAGUCGUCAGUCAGUCAGAGACAGCGGAGAAGGAAAGAAUAAUACGAUGGCAGAGAGAAAGAGGAGCAUCGUUUGGACACAUUUCACAGCAGUAAGCUCAGUGAAAGAGCACGACGACUUGCAGCGGAGGAGAUUAGAGGAGAGGGAGAGAGAGUGCAGGGAAAAGCCCCACACCUGCGGCCCGAAUGAGGCAGACCUCUGUCUUGGCCCUACAGAGAGGCAGGACAUAUCCAGGGGCCGAACAAUAUCAUGUUAGUUGUCCGACUCAGACGAUCGAGGUAAAGGAAGGUGAUGAUGUGAAACUUUGGUGUCAGCUGGACCCCACGGUCGACCUGAAAGAAUAUACAGUAGAUUUCACCAGACCUGACCACAUGAAAAUGGUGGUCCACGUGUAUCGACAUGGAAGUGAUCAUCCAUUUCUACAGUCCGAGUUGUACAGAAACAGGACGAGACUCGUGCACCAGAACCUGAGAGAGGGACGAAUCACAAUGUGGAUUUCCUCAGUGCAGCUGACGGACACUGGACCAUACAAGUGUUCUGUCCAAAACCUGAAGGCCAAUUGUACUAUUAGGAUCAAUGUUGUAGAACAGAAGGACGCCUUCACGACUGUGGGACCUGUGACGUCCAAAGACCCUGGCAAAUGUGGGGAGACAAUUCAAGGACAACACGGACAAAUCGUAUGGGACAGAGAGAGCAACAACGUGAACCUCGACGGCGUCUUGUGAAACAUCAUCCCAGAAGUUUCCGGAUGAGGUUGUUGAUGAAGGGCCUGCUGGAGCUGCAAUAAUCAUGAUCUAUGCAGCCAGUCUUAUCUUAAACUAUAUCACAUUUAAUGAUUUGUGCUUCAGACUGUAGAGCUUCCAGAAAUAUUUCAUUGAAAAUACUGAAAAUAUUCGGGUCACUCAGCAAAACUAAAAGUUAAGAGCUUUAAGAGUGACAGAAUGCAGGAUUUUAACCAUCAAUAUAAUUCAGUUUUUAAUGCAAUUAUUCAGGUUUAGCUAUUUAAAUUCAAAUAUAAAUAGUUCAAAUUCAGUUUCUGGUGGCACAUAUUUCAGCCCAUAAUGGUGGCCCAAAAGCUGGACCAAGGUAGACAUUCACAUUAGAAAUCAUAUUUAUUGUUAAGAAAACUGUAUUUUAAAGAUGAAAUUGUAGCAUUGUAUAUAUAAGUGUAAACUACUGUUAUCUGUUUUAUACUUUUUCUAUCUGACACUGCUAUUGUAUUGUUAUAUUGCCAGAUAAAUAGUAUUAUAUUAAAAUGCUUCACUGAUGU